UCCUUCCGUCCCGACAUCUCACAGGUCACACAGCCCACCGCCCCCUCCAACCCCACCCCAAAUUACACUUCCGCCCCCGGCCUCGCCGCGACCGACGAGCGCCUCGCCUCGGACUAGCUCCUAGGGUUUGUCUGCCCAGGCCGCCCGUCCCCACCCCGUCUCGUCGGCGGCGAUGGCGUCGGAGUCCGCGGCGGCGGCGUCGGCUUCGUCUCCGGCGGCGGCGCGGGCCGGGGCCGGGAAGGACGACGAGCUGGCCGAUCUGGUGCGGCGCAUCGUCGACGUCCUCUCCCGCUACUCCGAUCGCCUCCCCUUCGACCUCGACCGCCAGAAGCUUCGCUCGCUUACCACACUUGCUGCAAUUGCCAUCACAAUUGUAUUUGCCUGGAAACUGUUGAGAGCUCCUCCAGAGCAACCUCGGAGGCCACGGAGACGGGAUGCUCCAUCAUCUAGCAACACAAGCAGUAGAUCACAGCCAGGUGCUUUGGUCGGAACAGAUGCCUGCUCAUCAGUAGAUUCAAGAGCACAUGAAGCGAUCAAUCAGCUUUUCCAACCAGUAAAUCUGACUCUUGAGCAGCUUGUCAGGCAUAAACUGAGCGAAGGGCGAAGGGUUACCUGCCGGUUACUUGGUGUGAUUUUGGAGGAAACAACUCCAGAGGAGCUCCAGAAUCACGUCACAGUGAGACCUUCUGUCUUGGAGGUUCUUCUAGAAAUUGCAAAAAUUUGUGACGUCUAUCUGAUGGAGCACGUUCUUGAUGAUGAAAGUGAGGAAAAGGUACUGUCUGCCCUAAGUGAAGCUGGGCUUUUUACCAGUGGCAGUUUGGUGAGAGAGAAGGUUCUGUUCUGCAGUACGGAAAUUGGUCGCACCUCUUUUGUCCGGCAACUGGAACCUGACUGGCACAUUGACUCGAGUCCUGAAAUCGUUCACCAGUUAUCUAGGUUUAUCAAGUAUCAGCUGCACAUUUCGCCACAGCAAACGGAGAGGGUGUCACCCAAUGUUUUCAGCUCUGCAAGCUUGGAACAGUUCUUUGGAGGUCUUGAUCAGAGAUGACAAAGUGAGGUCAGACUUGAGCGAGCCGUGGCAUAGUGAGAGCGAAGAGGAACAUCAUUGUUCAAUUUAUUUUCUUGAAUGGUGCAAUUCGUUUUUCUUGUAUUGUGUGUAAAAGUCUUGUUGUGGCUGGUACUAAACUUGUUCUGCAAUGCCCCAUAAGCUAUGGAUAGAAAGACAGCACCUGUAGAUUCAUGCAUCAACAUUGUCCCUGUAUAACCAAAGUAAACAGCUGUCAAGAUGAUGAUAUGUAUUUUCACAAA